GACUAGCCUUUUCUGACUGUCACAGCGCGCCCUCCUCGACUCGGUUCCGAGCUAGAGGUGACCUGACUUUUCGAGGCUCGCUUUGCAGGUGCAGAAAUUGUCCGCGCAGUUCCCAGGCAUGUCUGAGCCAAUCAGAGUCCUUGUGACUGGAGCAGCUGGUCAAAUUGCAUAUUCACUGUUGUACAGCAUUGGAAAUGGGUCUGUCUUUGGUAAAGACCAGCCUAUCACUCUUGUGCUAUUAGAUAUCACUCCCAUGAUGGGUGUACUGGACGGGGUCCUCAUGGAACUGCAGGACUGUGCCCUUCCCCUCCUGAAAGAUGUUAUUGCGACAGAUAAAGAAGAAGUUGCCUUCAAAGACCUGGAUGUGGCUGUUCUCGUGGGCUCCAUGCCGAGAAGGGAAGGCAUGGAGAGGAAAGAUUUACUGAAAGCAAAUGUAAAAAUCUUCAAAAGCCAGGGUGCAGCCUUGGAUAAAUAUGCCAAAAAGUCAGUUAAGGUCAUCGUUGUGGGAAAUCCAGCGAAUACCAACUGCCUGACUGCCUCUAAGUCAGCUCCAUCCAUCCCGAAGGAGAAUUUCAGUUGCCUGACUCGUUUGGACCACAACAGAGCUAAAUCUCAAAUUGCUCUUAAACUUGGAGUAACUGCUGAUGAUGUAAAGAAUGUCAUCAUCUGGGGAAACCAUUCCUCAACUCAAUAUCCAGAUGUCAACCAUGCCAAGGUGAAAUUGCAUGGGAAGGAAGUUGGUGUUUAUGAAGCUCUGAAAGAUGACAGUUGGCUCAAGGGAGACUUCAUCACGAUCGUGCAGCAGCGUGGUGCGGCUGUCAUCAAAGCUCGGAAACUAUCCAGUGCGAUGUCUGCUGCAAAAGCCAUUGGAGACCACAUCAGAAACAUCUGGUUUGGAACCCCAGAGGGAGAGUUCGUGUCCAUGGGCGUCUUUUCUGAUGGCAACUCCUAUGGUAUUCCUGAUGAUCUACUCUAUUCAUUCCCUGUUGUAAUCCAGAAUAAGACCUGGAAGUUUGUUGAAGGUCUCCCUAUUAAUGAUUUCUCACGUGAGAAGAUGGAUCUUACUGCAAAGGAACUGGCAGAAGAAAAAGAAACUGCUUUUGAAUUUCUUUCCUCAGCAUGACUAGGCAGUCAUUUUGAUGUUAUUAAAUGCCCCAAAGCUGAAGAAUCUAAAUGUCGUCUUUGACUCUAGUACCAAAUGAUGCUAUACGUAAAAUUACUUGUGAAAAGCAACACAUUUUGAAGAUUGUGUGCUGCUUGGUACACACUUGUGAGUAAAAAUCUAUCAUCAUGCUGUUAGUGCUGUAUUCUAAAUAAAAUAUAUUCAAGUGAAUGUGA